UUGAGUCUAUGGUUCUAUAUUUGUGUCGAACAGAAAUACGUCGAGAGCUGCGCCGGUGAACAAUUUAUUUCAAUUAUAAUGAGUAAGCUCGUUGCAGAGGCUGUGCGUUCUCACUUAUUGUAGAGUGAAUCUCAAACAUUGUUGUUCAACCAGUAGUGGUUUUCUAACGAGUGGCGUGUUCCGAAUAAUGGUUUGGGAUGAAACCUUAGUGACGUCUCGCGUUACAAGUAUUACAACCUUGGGUAUUAUGGUUACGAGAAAAAGUGUAUUUUGAAAAUAUAUCCAGUGUUUUCUGCUUGAAAACGUCUGUGAGAUAUUAGUUGACUGUGUGGUGGCAUUGUUCCUCGUAGUGGUGUUGUUAGAUCAGUGUUAUGUCUGGUGGACGCAGCAUCGACAAGGAGCGCAAAUCUCCUAGGGAAAGCGGCGAAGAUUCUGAAGAUGAGAGUGAAAUUUUGGAGGAGAGUCCCUGCGGCCGCUGGCUCAAGCGACGGGAAGAGGUAGAGCAACGCGAUGUGCCGGGCAUCGACUGCGCGCACCUGGCCAUGGACACGGAAGAAGGCGUGGAGGUGGUGUGGAACGAGGUGCAGUUCUCGGAGCGGAAGAACUUCAAGGCUCAAGAGGACAAGAUUCAGAUGGUGUUCGACAACCUCACGAGGCUCGAGCACCCCAACAUCGUCAAGUUCCACCGGUACUGGACCGACACACACAAUGACAAGCCGAGGGUGAUAUUCAUAACGGAGUAUAUGUCAUGCGGCUCGCUAAAGCAGUUCCUGAAGCGGACGAAGCGCAACGUGAAGCGGCUGCCGCUGCAGGCGUGGAAGCGGUGGUGCACGCAGAUCUUGUCAGCGCUCAGCUACCUGCACGGUUGCGUGCCGCCCAUCGUGCACGGCAACCUGACGUGCGACACCAUCUUCAUCCAGCACAACGGGCUCGUGAAGAUCGGCUCCGUCGCGCCCGACGCCAUCCACCACCACGUCAAGACCUGCCGCGAGAACAUGCGCAACAUGCACCUUAUCGCCCCGGAAUACGGAUCAUCGCAAAUGGUGACACCAGCGAUGGAUAUCUACUCGUUCGGAAUGUGCGCUCUGGAGACCGCCGCUCUAGAGAUUCAGGGGAACGGAGACUCGGGCAGCCACGUCACGGAGGAGCACAUCGUGCGAACGGUCGAAUCCUUGGAGGAGCCGAGACAGAAGGAUUUCAUAUACAGGUGCAUUAACAAAGACCCGGCGCAGCGGCCCACAGCGCGCGAGCUGCUCUUCCACCCGCUGCUGUUCGAGGUGCACUCGCUGAAGCUGCUGGCGGCACACACGCUCGUCAACACCACUGCGAACAUAUCGGAGACGAUAACGGACGAGGUGGCGGGCGGCGGCAGCGGCGAGGCGCUGGCGUGGUGCGCGCGCGGCGGCGAGCGCGUGGAGCUGGCCGCGCGCGACCUGCCGCCGCACGCGGAAAAACUGGAGAAAUUCGUCGAGGACGUCAAAUACGGCAUCUACCCGCUGACGGCAUACGGCUGCGGCGUGGGUCGCGGCGUCGGCGGGCGGGCCGCCUCCCCGCUUGAGGCCGCGCCCGCCGCGCCCGCCGCCGACCCGCCGCCGCGCGACCUCGAGACCCGCCGCGUCGUCAACAUGAUGUGCAGCCUCCAGCCGCCGCCGCACCACCACCAGCCGCCCGACCUGCUGAUGACGAUCCUGCUGCGCAUGGACGACAAGAUGAACCGGCAGCUGACGUGCGCCGUCACGCGCCGCGACUCCGCGCACGCGCUGGCCCGGGAGCUGGUGCAGCUCGGCUUCAUACACGAGGCGGACCGCGACAAGCUGUGCCGGCUCAUGGAGGACUCCUUACGCGGCAGCUUCGGCGACCCCGCGCCGCCCGCGCCCCUCCGCGCGCCGCAGCACGUCGCCAGCUAGUGCCCGCCCACUAUAGUCGCGGGGCCAGGCUGCCGGGCCACAGCGCCUGCCGGGCCCGCGCGGCCUAGCACCCGGGCCGUAGCACCUGCCGACUUUAGUGCGGGGCCCACGCGGGGCGCUACCGUUGUCGACUCCGCGGGGCCUAGCAGCCGGGCCGUAGCACCUGCGAGCCACAGUGCCGGGCCCACGCGAGGCGCAGCGGGGCCUAGCAACCAAGCCGUAGCACCUGCCGACUUUAGUGCGGGGCCCACGCGGGGCGCUACCGUCGUCGACUCCGUGGGGCCUAGCAGCCGAGCCGUAGCACCUGCG